UUUCAUCCGGGUUCAAAGAACAAACUCGAUCGCUUAGUUGCUCACCGAAGGAUAUUAACCUUGCUACCAUCACAGCAGAAUACUCAGGACCCAUGGCCUGGCGUAAUCAAGGAAUCACGGGUUCCAACAACAUCCCGUUGGGUCGCAGACGAUUCGGAGGUGACGAUCCUGGCGAGGAUGACAGUCGCACUGCAACUCCGUCGUCUGCGGACAUCGGGUACAAGCGCGGUAGAAGUCCUGUUCGCGCCGACCCCCCUGCUGACGGUACGAAAAGGCGCAAGAAGCGCAACCGUUGGGGCGAUGCGCAGGAGAACAAAGCCGCUGGUCUCAUGGGCUUGCCCACGAUGAUCAUGGCCAACUUCACCAACGAACAGUUGGAGGCUUACACCCUGCAUCUACGGAUAGAGGAGAUUAGCCAGAAACUUCGUAUCAACGAUGUUGUUCCUGCGGAUGGUGACAGAUCUCCGUCGCCUCCGCCCCAAUACGAUAACUUUGGCAGACGUGUAAACACUAGGGAAUACCGUUACCGGAAACGCCUGGAGGACGAGCGCCACAAGCUCGUGGAAAAGGCCAUGAAGACCAUUCCUAACUACCACCCGCCCUCUGACUACAGGCGGCCUACCAAGACCCAGGAGAAGGUCUACGUCCCAGUGAAUGACUAUCCAGAGAUUAACUUCAGUAUGAUAACUAACCCUCUAACUCCUAACCGUCCCUGUAUUCUUUAUUUUCAUGACUCUUUCAUUUGCUCGAGUCGAGUUUAUGGGAAAGACAUCGUUUCGUCGAUGCCUUUUCGGCUCGCUUCUUGCUAACCCUUUUGCUCUGCUUGAUGACCUUUGCUAUCUCUCGUUCCAUUUCUCAAA